AUGAAUAGUGAACAACGGCAACGUCUGAGUCGGAUGCAGGUUGAUUUCGUGAAGGGACUGCGUGACAUCGAGGAGAUUACCGAUUACCUCCUUUGCCAUGAAAUUCUUUCGCGGACUCAGGCAGAGAAAAUCCUCUCCUCUGGUCCCAUAAUCGCUGAUCAAGUUCGAACCCUCCUCAAUGUUUUAGUCCGCUGUGGUCCCGAUGCCUAUGAUACUUUCGUAUCCGCCCUUUCCGAAACUAAUCAGUCGUCUCUCGCCGAAAAAAUGGCUAAUUUAAACACAAACCCUCCACCAGUACCUUCAGUUUUACCUUCAGCCAAGGUGGAAACUCAUGUUUCGGAGCAGCCCACGCAGUCGCUUGCUGCAUACCCCGUCAACUCUACUCCCCGCGGCCACAUCCUCCUAGUAAACAUUUCAAACUUCGAAGUGGGCUCAGGUCUCAGCAACCGAGUUGGUUCAUCAGAAGAUGUUGCCGCCUUAAAAUCCCUCUUUACCGACCUCGGAUACUACGUCGAAGUACUUCUAGAUCCCACCGCCACUGCCUUGGAGUCUAAUCUCAGCGCCUUUAUAAAAAGCCCCAGUCACUAUAACGUUGACACUGGUGGUCUCAUUGUAAUGUCCCACGGAGUGCAGGACUAUAUCUACACUGCUGAUGGAAAACUCUUUGCCAUUAAUGAUAUCCUCGAAGCCUUCACGAACAAAUCCUUCCCAGCCCUAGCUGGCAAACCCAAGUUUAUUCUUUUUCAAGCUUGUAGAGGGGAGGAGAAGGAUCGGGGAUAUAUAUACGAGCCAGAUAAUGCAAGUUUUGUUGCAUCCCCGUUGGAAAGCGUGGACGCUGGGGUACAUAAGACAUUGUGGAAGUGUCUGCCUUACAUGAGUGACUAUAUAAUCGCCUACUCCACCCUACCAGGCUUUGUGUCCUGGCGCUCGGAGAAGGCUGGAAGCUGGUUCAUCCAAAUUCUCGUCGAUGUGUUUCGCAAGUACGCUAGCUCCCUUCAUGUGCUCGACCUACUGACCGAAGUUAAUCGCCGUCUGGUGGAGGAGUCGCAGGAGCGCGAAUUUAAGCAGAUCACCCAGCAGUCGCACACUCUCACCCGACCCUUCUAUCUCGCUGGCACACAAUCUCAACCAAGGUGA